AUUAACCAAUAUUCUGAAUUUGCAAGAGAAUAUCUGUCGUGGUAGUGUGUUUGAAGCAGCAACGAUGUCGGUUUUGCCGGAUAAAUAUUCCAAAGGACCACACGGUUUAGGCGAUCCAGAUGACUUGUCGUUAAGAAAAGUCGAAAGGGAAGUGAUGAUUCCGAAGAAAAUGCGCGAAAUCGCGAAGGCGGAAAAGUGCUUCAAAGAAGUGGAACAGUUUACGGAGUGCUGCAAAAACAAUAACAUCCUUAUGGUCGUGAAAUGUCGAAAAGAAAACAGUGCAUUGAAAGAUUGCCUUGCCAGUUGGUACGAAAACGAGGAGUUCAAGGAGAGAUGCAAGAAAUUGUAUCUGGAGGAAAGGAGUGAAUAUAGAAGGACGGGCAUUACAAAGAAAGAAAAAAACACAAGACUGCCUUCUGCUAUGUAAUUUUUCCCUGAGUGGAUGUAAUUUAAUUUAAUUAAUUGUAUAAAUAAAUUGUUAUGUAGUUUC